AAGUUUAUAACACAACCGACCUCCAAAGCUAAUCCAAUAUCAACCUCAUCAUCCCCUACAAAAAAAGAAGAGAAACCAAGAAAAAAAAACCAAAAAUGGCAAAUUCAAGCGAGGAAUUCCGGCUAACCCUGCCCGGCGUGAGCCAGGAUGGGCGGCUGCCCCGCCAUUACCUGGCAGACGGGCAGGGGGCCAAGAAAAACAUCUCCCCUCCGGUGGAAUGGUACAAUGUGCCGGAGGGGACCAAGAGCCUGGCUCUUGUGGUGCGGGACAUUGACGCGCCCGAGCCCGAGGCCCCCCUCGUACCGUUUAAUAUAUGGGUGGUCGCGGACAUCCCGCCCACGAUGAAGGGGCUGCCGGAGGGGUUUUCAGGCAAGGAGGCGGAGGCCGGGGUUAAAGAAGGAACGAAUGAUCUCAAGAAACACGGCUGGGAGAUGCCUAAGAUGCCCAACCCCGGCCACCGGAUUGAGUUCAAGCUUCUUGCUUUGGAUCAAGAGUUGAAUCUUGGCAAUAAGGUGACGGUAGACAAGUUGUUGGAAGCAAGUGAAGGGCACGUUGUGGGCGAGGCAGUUUUCAUAGUUAGUGCUACCUAAGUUAGUAGUAUAGUGCGUGUAACCAUAUUUCCUUAGUAUUCGGCUACUAUAAUGUCUAUAUAUAUGUUUUGGGUUUAAUUUGGACUUCUCAAUAAAUUUUAGCCAAAUUUAAGCGUGA